AUGGAUCUCGCCAACACCCUGAUUCGAAGCGUCGCUCGCGCUUUUUACGAGACUCGCCAUAUCUUGAUUGUCGAUGCGCUCUUCCUGCACUCAGUGCUUCACGCUGAGGACCUUGCCUUCCUCAUGGGCAUGCAGCAAAAGGACUUGCGCAAGCUUUGCGCGCGACUCCGAGAGGAUCGACUCAUUGGAGUGAGCACCCGCGCCGAAAUUCGUGAUGGCUCGACUCGCCCGGUCAAUCGCGAGUACUACUACAUCCCUCUUCAUCCGGUCAUUGAUGCGAUCAAGUACAAGGUCUCCAAACUCACUUCGACCAUCAAGGAGCAGUACACUCCGAGCGAGGAGCGGAAGGAGUACAUGUGCCCUCGCUGCUUGGCUGAAUGGACUGAACUGGAUGUUCUUAGUCUGGUCUCUGAGGAAGGCUUUGAAUGUCAAAAUUGCGGAGCGAUCUUGGAGCGCACGGAAGAUAUCAAGGGCGAAGAGGGCAUUGACCGGACCGGCCAUGAAAAGAAUAGCAAGCUGAUGGCUCAGUUGGACAAGAUGCUCAAACUCCUGAAGCAGAUUGACUCUGUCGAAGUUCCACCGAAUGACUUCGACACGGCUUGGGACCACAAAGUUGAAGUCCCGCGCAACCAGAGCACUCACCCAGUUCGCGCGGCUGUUCCUGUGCCACCAAAGGCGCAGGACGUAAUCCGUGGAAACCUCAAGACUGACGCCGCGGCCUUGGAGAUUUCCCUCACUUCAAGUGAAGAGAAGAGCGCGGCGGAGCAAGCGGAAGAGGCUGCACGAAAAGCUGCCGUCGAGAAGCAAAACGCAUUGCCAGUUUGGCACACACACUCCACUGUCGAUGUCACUGCUCCGGCCCAAGUCAAGACCGAAACUGGUCUUUCUAUCAAGUCUGAGCUUGAUCAAGAUGAGCAGAAGCCGAAUUUGGAGGCCGAAGACGACAAGAUUGCGGCGUACUAUGCUGAGAUGGAGCGAGAAAAGGCUCUCCAGGCGCAAGAGGAUGCCAGCAGCGCCGAAGACUCCGAUGAAUUUGAUGAUGAAUUUGAAGACGUCGGUCUCUCAGGUGCCAGUGGUCCAGGCACUCCAGCAACGGGGCUGGGCCCAACCAGCGCCCCGACGCCUGCCGGGCUGUCCGGUGUCAAGAGAGAGUUGGACACGUCUAGUGCUGCUCCAUCUACUGUGGGCACGCCCUCCACCCCCGCUGAUGAUGGCCCUGCUGUGAAACGAGUCAAGGUUGAACCUGGCCUCGGCGGUGAUACCUUCAUCAAACCUGACCCCGACGCCAAGACCGAGCCGACCGUGAAGGAUGAGGAGUCCGAUGAGGAUGACGAGGAGUUUGAAGAUGUUUAA